GGGUUGAGACUUACUUAUUAAAAGAUUUGGAUCUUUUGGCAUUCUCAUGUCUGAACGGUAUCUUUUUCGUUGAAGACCAAUCUCCACAAAAGACAAGACAAAAGACACUUUGUUGGCUUCAUUAUCUUAGCUGUUGUCGACGGAAACAGUAAUACUGUACUCAGCAAGGCCAGCACAAUCAGCGUGGAAGCCAUGAGGACUCUGUGGGCUUUGCUCGUCUUUUUAUCGGUCGCUCGAUCGUUCUCGGUCAAUCUGCCAAUAUCACGGUGGCAUUUGGUAUCUCUGAAUAUACCCACUCAGACUACAAGUACUAAUAACAAUGGACAGCCAUUCCGAUCCGCAGGGCCUUUGACGUCGGUGGGAUCGGCAUCGGUAGCAGCCGAAAACGCAGAUGAUGGUGAUGAUGAUAAGAAGAAAGAGAUGAGUGCCUUUCGCGCCAAACUGUCGAAAGUGUUGAGCAAUGUCCGAGCGGCUCCCUUUGCCUUUUCCAUUGUGACAUUUAUUCUGGGUUGGGCACUGGGUGGCCGAUCGGCCAUUUCCUCGUCUGCCUCCCGACCCGUCCGAACGGCAGCACGCCAAUAUCCCAUUAUUGCCACCAUUCUGUUGGUUGUGGCCAUACGAGAUACCUGGUCGCUGAUUCCCGCUUGGGCCAAAAAGAACAUUCGAAAGCUCCGAGGAACAGUCACGGGCAACAAAGAUGAUGUGGAUACCGACGAUCCCGAUGAUUUGACAUCCCUUGCAUCGAUGUCGCUCAAACUACGGACGCUCUUUCAACAAGGAAAGGAACGCUUUGCAAAGGCAGGAGUUACCUAUGACAAUCCAAUUAUGGUUUUCUUGGCAACCAUUCACUUGAUGAACCAAGCCAAAGAACAACUCGCCGAUCGUCGCGAUGCCAUGUACCAAACUUCCGGUCCUCUGGUCGACAAUCCCAAAGAAGUCCUACAGGGCAUGGAUGAAUACUUUGAGUUUGCCGAUUGGGCGUAUGAUGAAUUGCCCGAAGGACAAACCUUGAAAGGAAACCUAGAAGCCAAGGGAUACAGUCUCUUGAGACAUGAAAAGACGGCCCUGCCGGGACAUGUGGCGCAUUAUGUGGCUGUCUCGAACGAACGAAAAGAAGCAUUGAUCGGUGUCAAGGGGACCUCCAAUUUUGAGGACAUGUUGACAGAUUGUGUUGGAAACGUUGUCAAAUACAACUUUGGAGAAGGCAAAUCCUUUGUGGAAGGAGGUCGCGAGGAAAUCAACUGUCACGAGGGAAUACUCUUGUCCUCCCGACGACUGGCAGAUGAUCUCAUGACGUUUGUCGAGUCAGUGUUGUUGCCUUCUGGAUACACAAUCAAAGUCACGGGUCACAGUCUUGGGGCGGGUGUGGCGGUCAUUUUCGCCAUGAUCCUCCGAUCACGCAUCGCCGCCUUGAGGAAUGACAGCACGUGUAGUAAACUGCAAGUGUUGGCAUUUGCAUCACCGCCCAUUUUGGAUUACAAGGCAUCACGUCACUGUGAAUCCUUCGUGACAACCUUCGUAAACAACUCCGAUAUUGUACCUCGAUGUUCCUUGUCCCAUUUGAUCCUUCUCAUGCAGUUCAUGAAACCGGUCAAGAACAAACUGGACGCCGAGGGCCUCAAUCCGCAAGAUGUCAAGUCGAUGACCGCCUUUGCCAAAUUUCUGUCGCGAGGCAAGCAAGAUAAAAUGCUCUUGUCGGGAGAGGAGAUCCGUAAUGGUAUCCAAGUUGCUCUCGAAGGAUCCAAAAUUGACGACCCAGAGCACUUGUAUGUGGCCGGUAAGGUAGUUCACAUGUUUGAUGAAUGGAGCAAGGAAGGCUACGGCGACAGAAGUGAUUAUGAAACCGUCGACAAGGACUUUGAUGAGUCCAAGAAGGUUGCCACUGCCGAAAAGAUCUAUGUGGCAGAUGCAAGCGCUACAGUACUUCGAAUCAUUGAGAUUGACGACAGAAUGAUGACGGAUCACAUGUCACCUGGAUACCGUGCGUCCAUCAAGUCACUCUUGGCCAAAGCGGACAAUCUGAGCCCUGCAUUCUAGAGGAUGCAGACAGAAGAAAACUGCCAGCUAGAGUAUUGCAAAAAGCCCUAUCGAUUGGACCGAUGGUGCUGCUCCUUGUGAAAAUCGGCUACAAGCACUACCGUAUCGGUGCGUCUGCAACUAAAGCAGCCAUGACAAUCAUGGUGGGGAUGAUCGCAUCCCCACUAUGCAUGUAGAGAGAAAAUGUUGGUACUCUAUCAAACUUCGAUACGUCUAGCAUUGUUUCUGUAGCAUGUAUAUUAGGAAGAGUAUACUAGUGGGAGUUAUCGUGACUCUCGGGUUCGUCUAGGAUUCGCACACGCGAGUUCUUGCUCAAUAUGUAAAGAUCAGAUCUCCUAGCUAGGUCGGCUUCGACCUGUCGUACGUUGAAGGCAUUGUAGUCCUCUUUCUGCCGCUAAAAGCCUGCAUUCCUCUGAUGCUCGUUGCCAGCUAGUAACUCACAAUGCAGCCCGCUUGCACCUUUCCUGCUUUCCCUCAUAAAGCCAG